GUUAAUAUGCACCAAUUGAAACAAGGCUAAGGUAAAAUUUGAUUGGUAGUUAAAUUGACCUUGAAGAGGACAACCGCGGUCAGUUCUUUCUUUGUUUUCAAUGUGCGUUAUUGAUUGGUAGCAAUCUAGAAACUAUUAGCCGAGCCGCAAUGACAUCUCCUUUACUCUCGAAGGUUGGUACUUGCAUUGUACAUUCUGCUUUGGGCUCUCAAACAUGUACUUUGGACUCGUUUUGGCGAGAUCAAACAUGUAUCAUUACAUUCUUUCGUCGUUUGGGAUGUAAAUUUUGCCGACUGGAAGCUAAAAAUUUGAGCUACUUAAAACCUGCUUUGGAUGCACGCAAUAUCAAAUUAAUGGGAAUUACAUUCGAUGAAGGUGGUGUAAAAGAAUUUUUAGAUGGACAUUAUUUUGAUGGAGAUCUUUAUUUAGAUCGUGAACGUAAGACAUAUAAAGCUUUAGAAUACAAAAAAGUCUCCGCCUGUUCUGGUUUCUGUUCUUUACUGACGAAAGCUGGUCGUUCUUUAAAUUCAAAGGCAAAGGCUGCUAAUAUACCUGGUAAUAUGUCUGGAGAUGGUUGGCAAACUGGUGGACUUCUUGUAGUCGAAAAAGGUGGUAAAGUCCUUUAUCAUUUUGAACAAAAAGAAGUUGUAAAUCAUCCUGAUUAUAAGCAAAUUAUUAAUGUUUUAAAAAUUAAUCCGAAAGAUGUACCAGAAUUUGCUACGGUUUUAUCAGAAGAAUGUGAUGAUGCUUGUAAAAUGUGAAUCUACUUUAGUAUUUGAUAAUAUUCAAUAAAGAAGUAAUGCUCAUUAUGAAGUGAAGUUCAACUUCCUAAUCUUCAAAAAAAAAAGGUUUUUUUUUUGUUGGUUUAUAGUACUUUGUUUGUUUGUCUUAGUGAUUUUAUACCAUUUUUAAUUGAACUUUUAUGGAAAUAAUAGUUCUUCUUCAAUGAAAAUUGUACUAAACUGUUCGUUUUUUAACUAGACUCUAUGUUAUACAACGGGUUUUUUGAUUAUUUCAAAUUGGUUAUUCACUAUUAACUGGUGAGGUGAAAAACAUUAUGUAUGAACGAGUCUAAUUGUGAUUUGAUAUGAAGGUAAAGUUAGAAUAAAAUAUUGUAAUAAGUGCUUUUACAGUACUUGAAUAAUAAUAGUCAGUCAGUCAGUCACAACGU